AUGGCUCGUUUCAAUGUUGAAACUGUGGAAUACAAGAACAUUAGCUUCACCGUGUGGGACGUCGGGGGUCAGGACAAGGAUGAGUUGAGGGAUGCAGUUCUGCUUGUGUUUGCUAACAAGCAAGAUCUUCCCAACGCCAUGAACGCUGCUGAGAUAACUGACAAGCUGGGACUUCACUCUCUCCGCCAACGACACUGUUUUUUUCCUCGUAUUUAG